AUGAUCUUCUGGCUCUUACUGAGCUUGUUUUCCUUCGCAAACGGCCAAUACUUUUCUGAAGGUUGGAAGCCUGGACAGGCUUUCACCAACGAGCCUUCGGCACCAGCGCCGACUGGAGCAUCAGGACACGUCGGUGAAGAUACACCAAGUCAGCGAGGCUCAUUACUUGACUCGUCCUCGAUCUCUUCUAUAUUCGCCAAAAUCGGCGUAAAUAUCUCCAGUAUUGCCUCAGCUGCUGGUCUAUCAUCAAAGGCCGCAUAUCCCUGGGAUCCACGAAUACCUCUAAUAACAGACGUGAACUAUGAUAACAUAGUGGUCAAUGAGGAACUCACUCCGGAGGAGGAAGGGAAUAGGACAUGGUUGAUUGUCGUUGCAACUAACCAAGGGGGAGGAAUGUCUCAAUUUGUCGACAAGAUAUUUGACGAGACAUACAACGAAACCCUCAUAGCUGAAGACAUGCCUAACCUACGCUGGGGUCGUAUAGAUUAUCUCAAUGUGACCUAUCUCACAACCAAGUGGGGCGUAUGGCAAGCGCCGACCUUUAUCAUUCUGCAGAACCGUGGACAAACUCUCCGAUUUGUAAAACCUCAUUGGUUACGACUCCGCGAAGGCGCUCUACGUGAAUUCCUCACAGACGGAACUUAUAACGAAGUUCCUCGUUGGGACAGCUCUUUCGCUCCGGGUGGUAGAAAUGAAUACCUCCUUCACUACCUCGGUCUAAUCUUAACAACGAUAUACAAUAUCACAAUCAAAGUCCCGAGAUGGAUUUUGUACAUCUUAUCCGGAAGCGUGGCUUCGUUUAUCAUUCAAUUGCUACAUCGACCGCCGAAGAAGGACAGACUCAAAACCCAGGCAUCUGCGACACAGAAGACGGAGACAGUACACACUCCAGGGACUAGUGCACCUGCGGCUACAGCUGCGUCAGGUUCGACACCUACUCAGAGUAAAGCGAAGCAGCGCAAGUCAAAGAAAUGA